AUGGUUUCGCUCAAACUCCAAAAGCGUCUAGCCGCCAGUGUCCUCAAGUGCGGAAGGGGAAAGGUCUGGCUCGAUCCUAAUGAGGGAAACGAGAUCUCCAUGGCUAACUCUCGCCAAAACAUAAGGAAGCUGGUUAAGGAUGGGUUUAUCAUCAGGAAACCUACCAAGAUUCACUCCAGAUCACGUGCUCGUCGGAUGAAGGAAGCCAAGAGGAAAGGAAGACACUCUGGCUAUGGUAAGAGGAAGGGUACCAGGGAGGCAAGGCUUCCAACAAAGAUCCUUUGGAUGAGGAGAAUGCGUGUGCUCAGACGUUUGCUCCGCAAGUACCGUGAAUCUAAGAAGAUUGACAAACACAUGUACCAUGACAUGUACAUGAAGGUUAAGGGUAAUGUGUUUAAGAAUAAGAGAGUUCUAAUGGAGAGCAUCCACAAGUCUAAAGCUGAGAAGGCAAGAGAGAAGACCUUGUCUGACCAGUUUGAGGCCAAGCGUGCCAAGAACAAGGCCAGCCGAGAAAGGAAGUUUGCUCGGAGGGAGGAGCGUUUUGCUCAAGGUCCUGGAGGAGCAGAGAAGCCAGCAGCCGCUCCUACUGCUGUUCCACCAGUCGAAGCAGCGAAGCAAACCCAACCAUCAAAGAAAUCUAAGAAGGCUGUGGCAGCUUGA